AUGACAGUCUCCAAUCUCAAGAUCCAGGAGCCAAUCACGCUCCCAUGCGGCCUCACGCUCCCCAACCGGCUCUCCAAAGCCGCCAUGGCUGAAAACUGGGCAGACAACGAGUAUCUUCCCACCGAAAGUAUGCUCAAGGUAUAUGAGACGUGGGCAGAGGGUGGAUGGGGGUCAGUCCUUACGGGCAACGUCCAAGUUGAUGUCAGAUAUCUCGGCAGUACCUGGGAUGUGAGCCCCGAUGAGACUAUCGACAGAGAAAAGACUCUCGCUUCGUGGAAGAAAUGGGCAAAGUCGAGCUCCAAGAAUGGCACUCCGGUCAUUAUGCAAAUCAACCAUCCCGGACGACAAAGCCCUGGCGGCGCCGGCAAGAGGGGAUACUUUGAGAAGGCGAUUGCUCCCAGCCCGAUCCCGCUGCAUUUGGGAGAUGGCAUUGUCGCCAAGAUUGCCUCUGCACUCAAGUUCGGCACACCAAAAGAGAUGACGGUUGAGGAUAUUCAGCAGGUUAUUGCUCAAUUUGUUGAGACUUCCAAGCUGGCGGCCGAGGCAGGCUUCGCAGGCGUUGAGCUCCAUGCGGCUCACGGCUAUUUGCUGUCUCAGUUUUUAAAUCCUUCGUCGAACCACCGCCAGGAUGAGUUUGGCGGAUCACCCAAAGCACGAGCCAAAAUCAUUGUCGAUAUCAUCAAGGCUGUGAGAGAGGCUGUCCCCAAGAGCUUCUGCGUCGGCAUCAAGUUGAACAGCGCAGACUUUAGGAACAAGGAGCAGCUCGCGGCUUGCAUUGAGCAGCUGGAGGAAAUUACUGGCGCUGGCGUCGACUUUCUUGAGAUUAGCGGUGGUUCAUAUGAAGACCCAGAGAUGAUCCAAGGGCCAAAGUCAGCCAGCACCCUGUCCCGCGAAGCUUUCUUCCUCGACUUUGCAAAAGAGAUCCGUGGUCGAUUUAGAAACGUUCCAUUAAUGGUAACAGGCGGCUUCCGCAGCCGUGAGGCCAUGGAGAGUGCACUUCGAGAAGACGCCUGCGAUAUCGUUGGCAUUGGUCGGCCCGCCGUGCUUAACCCAUCCCUACCCAAAAAUUUGAUCUUCAACAAGGAGGUCAAGAGUGAAGAUGCAAAGGCAUAUGCCAGAAAAGCGCCGGAUUUGCUGCUUCCUAAGCUGCUAGGCAUCAAGAUUAUGGCCGGAGGAGCUGAGACGGAUUGGUAUAUGAAGCAAAUGCGAUCGAUAUAA